UGGCGCUACGCGACCCCGCUGGAGGCGUGCGUGACGGCGCUGGGCGCGCUGGUGGCGGCGGCCAGCGCGCUGGGCACGCUCGCCGGCAUCGUGCUCUACGGCGAGCUCACCGCGCUCUUCGUGCAGAGGACCAGCGCCUCGCUCGCGCCCCGCGUCUACAUACUCAGCUGGUUCGGGGGAGGGGAGAUACUCCCCGCAGGUAACCGCUCGCUGCACAUGGACGCGCUGCUGACGGACAGCGCGGCGUUCGGCAUCGCCAGCGCCGUCAUCAUCGUUCUCCACAUCAGCUUCGCAGCCGCCGGAGUCGCUAUUGUACAGUGGGCCGCUGCUAGGAUGGUGACGCGUCUCCGAGUGCGUCUGCUGCGCUCUGUCAUCAGUCAGGAGAUCGCCUUCUUCGACACCAACACCACCAUGAACUUUGCCACCGCGCUCACUGAGGACAUGGGCAAGUUCCGCGGCGGCGUGAGCGAGCACGUGGCGAUGACGGCGAGCCUGGCGGGCACGGUGGUGCUCGGCGCCGCGGUGUCGCUGCUGUACGGCUGGCGGCUCACGCUGACCGGCCUCGCCGUCGUGCCGCUGUCUGUCGUGGUCGCUGCUGUGGUUGCCAAGUACCAGACUAAGUGCUCGGCGAAGGAGGUGACGGCGUACGGCGCGGCGGCGCGCGUCGUGGAGGAGGCGCUCGCCUCCGUGAGGACCGUGCGCGCGUAUGCGGCCGAGGAGAUGGAGGUCGACAGAUACACAGAGGCUCUGUGCGGCGCGGCGGUGCACUCUCGCGCGCGCGGGCUGUGGGCGGGCGCGGGCUCGGGGCUGGGCUGGCUGCUCACCUACAGCCUCAACGCCGUGGUGUUCGCAUACGGCGCGCAGCUGUGCGUCCGGGACAUGGACCUGCCGCCGGACCAGCAGGAGUACCAUCCCGGGACUAUGGUUACGAUCCUGUUCCUGACGUUCAUGGCAGCACAGAACGUGUCAAUGUGCGCGCCGCACCUGGAGCAGUUCAGCGCAGCGCGGGGGGCGGCGCGCUCGCUGUAUCGCCUUCUCGAGAGGAAGUCCAGGAUCAACGCGCUGGCCCCCGGGGGGAUCAAACCCCAGGGGUUCAAGGGAGACAUCACUUUUGAGAAUUUGUACUUUAAUUAUCCGUCGAGGCCUGAUGUCAAGGUCCUCCGCGGUCUCUCCCUCCGCGUCCGCGCCGGCGAGUCUGUCGCGCUGGUGGGCGGCUCCGGCUGCGGCAAGUCCACGCUGCUGCAGCUGCUGCAGCGCCUGUACGAGCCCGACAGCGGGAACAUCACCGUGGACGGACACCAGCUCAAGGAUCUCGAUCUACAUCAUUUCAGGGCCAGCAUUGGUGUGGUGGGUCAGGAGCCGGUGCUAUUCUCUGGCACGAUCCGAGAGAACAUCGCGUUCGGCGCCGGUGACGUCAGCGACGAUGACGUCAUCGCCGCCGCUAAGACCGCGCACGCGCACCAGUUCAUCACCAAACUAGCUAAUGGUUACAACACCACACUGGGUUCAGGUGGGUCUCAGCUGUCGGGCGGGCAGAAGCAGCGGCUGGCCAUCGCCCGCGCCGUGCUGCGGAAGCCCGCAAUCUUGCUGCUGGACGAGCCCACAUCCGCGCUCGACCCAGCUGCUGAGCGACAGGUGCAAGCCGCGCUGGAGGCCGCGUCGGUGGGCCGCACGACGCUGAUGGUGACGCACCGGCUGGCGGGCGUGGCGCGCGCCUCGCGCAUCGUGCUGCUGCAGCAGGGCGCCGCGCUCGAGCAGGGCUCGCACCAGGACCUCAUGGACAAGCGCGGCCUCUACUGGCGCCUCGUGCAGGACGAUAUCACUAACAAGAGUAUCGCGAGCUCUCCCACACAGGAGGAGGAUGACGACGAGGUGCUGGAGACGGAGCAGCCGCCGCCCUUCACCAGGUCCAUCAGCAGGCAGUCCACUAAAGACUCGCUGCCGCGGUUCACUCGCAGCAGUAUCCGGCUCAGCACGGUGUCCUCCGCGCACGUGCCCUACGCCGCCGCCGACGCGCUCGCACAUGUGGACGUAGAGCCCGAGCAGGAGUCGGACGAGGCGGUCCCCUCGGUGUCGAGCUGGUCGCUGCUGAAGCUGAACGCGCCGGAGUGGCCGCUGCUGGCGGGCGGAGCGCUCGCCUCGCUGCUCGUCGGGGCCGCCAUGCCGCUGUUCGCCUUGCUGUUCUCCAAGCUAUAUGGAAUGUUCGCGUGGUCGGACAAGGCGGCCAUCCUGUCGCAGUCGCAGCUGUACGCGGGGCUGUUCGCGGGCGCGGCGGCGGCGUGCGGCCUGCUCACCUUCCUGCAGGCCUGGCUGCUCAACCUCGCCGGCGCCAGUCUCACCGACAGACUCAGGCAGAUGCUCUUCACUAACUAUCUCAAACAGGAGCAGGGCUGGUUCGAGAUGGUGCAGAACUCGGUGGGCGCGCUGUGCGCCCGCCUCGCCACCGACUGCGCCGCCGUGCAGGGCGCUACCGGCACCCGGCUCGGCACCGUGCUGCAGGGCGUCAGCACGAUGGCGCUGGGCGUGGCGCUGUCGCUGCUCUAUUCCUGGAAGAUGACCAUCGUCAGCCUGCUCUCCGUGCCCUGCGUGAUGGGCGGCAUCUACCUGGAGGGCUACGUGACGCGUCGCGCGGAGCAGCGCGAGCGCCGCGCGCUGGAGCUCGCCUCCAAGCUCGCCACGGAGGCCGUGCUCAACGUCAGGACUGUACACAGUCUGGGUGUGGAAGAAACAAUUCUGUCGCGCUACACAGCCGCCCUGGAGCAAGCCAACGCCCUCUCGCGGCCGUCGCGUAGAGUCCGCGGCCCGGUCUACGGCAUCUGCAUGUGCGCGCCUACGCUCGGCUACGCCGUUUCGCUCGCCUACGCUGGAUAUCUGAUCGCCAGGGAGGACAUGCCCUACGAGAAUGCUAUACUUGUAUCAGAAGCUCUGAUCUACGGCGCGUGGAUGUUGGCGGCGGCGCUGUCCUUCGCGCCGAGCUUCGCGGCGGCGCGGCGCUCGGGGGCGCGCAUCCUGCACGCGCUGCGCCGCACGCCCGCCGUCCGGGACGAGCCCGGCGUGCAGCUAGAACCUGGCUGGUCGGCGGCGGGUGAGGUGGUGUUCUCGGACAUCGAGUUCGGGUACCCGGGUCGCGCGGCGGUGCUGCGCGGGCUGUCGCUGCGCGUGCCCGCCGGCGCCACCGUCGCGCUCGUGGGCCACAGCGGCUGCGGCAAGAGCACGCUGCUGCAGCUGCUGCUCAGGGACUACGACCCGCAGCGGGGGACCAUCACGCUGGACGGGCGCGACACGCGGCGCCAGCUGCCGCUGCAGCAGCUGCGCGCGCAGCUGGGCCUCGUGCAGCAGGAGCCGGCGCUGUUCUCGCGCUCGCUCAGGGACAACAUCGCGUUCGGCGCGGCCGCCGCCACCGCCUCCAUGCAGGACGUCAUACAGGCAGCACAGCAGGCCAAUGUGCACUCCUUCGUCGCAGGACUACCCAUGGGCUACGACACGAUGCUGGGCGCGUCAAGCGGCGCGUCGCUGUCGGGCGGCCAGAAGCAGCGCGUGGGCAUCGCGCGCGCGCUGCUGCGGAGCCCGGCGCUGCUGCUGCUGGACGAGCCCACCUCCGCGCUCGACGCCAACAGCGAGAAGACGGUGCAGGCGGCGCUGGAGGCGGCGGCGGCCGGCCGCACCACCAUCCUGAUCGCGCACCGCCUCGCCACCGUGCGACACGCCGACAUCAUCUGCGUCAUCGACCAGGGCGUGGUAGCCGAGAGCGGGUCUCACGACGAGCUGGUGAAGCAGCGCGGCCUCUACUGGGAGCUGCUGCAGCAGCAGGGCGCGCUGCACACGUGAUGACGACCAACCACAAACAAUACUAGGGAUAUUAGGAACUGUUCCACUCUAGCGCGCGUGUGUCAGAUCAACGUCGCGUUGUCUCUGCUCUUUCAAAGCGAAAUGUAGAGACAAAUAGACAUUUUAAAACGUUUACUAAGUGUUGGUCAUAAAUAUCGCUCUGUAAAAAUAUCGAUAUUAGAAAAUUGUAACAUUGUAACAUCACUAUUGUAACCUAAUAUUUACGUUUCGUAUAUUAGGUAUAAUAUUGUGUUAUUUUAAUACAAAGACAAUGAUUGUGAUGGGAAUUGUGAAUAGCUGUGAAUACUUUAAGAUAAUAGUUACGUUAGUAACGCCUAGUAUAAGUAACGGAUACAUAUCGUUAAGCUAGUAUCUAUGUAGUAUCGUGUACAGUCUCGUUAGCCGUAAGUUUUGUAUUGGAUUAGUAAAACGAAAAUCUAGGGCUGUCAAUUUCAAUAACCUUUAUUUAGGUUAUAAAAUGUGGCAAACUAAUGCAUGUGAGAUGUAUAUUUAAUUGUCAGUGUUGUAGUGUGUAAGUUAGUGCCCGAGGCAAUAACCAAAUAUUUAUGUUUGCGUGUGUAAAGUAACGACACCAUGACUGUGAUUGCCCGUUAUGACAGCAUUGGUGCGGCUGUUUAUCAUAUUAAUAAAAAACUGCUCUCAGAUUGUCCAAAAAAAUGCGCCUUCAUUAAAUAAAAGUUGAGUUAUUACAUAUUUAACUUCAUUGGCAAAAAAACGAUACGUUUUACUUUGCGUAUCGAUAUUGCCUAAAAUUAUCAGCACGAUUUAUAUCGAUAUAUUUUGUUCUAUUAUCCCAUGCCUAGUCUAAUCCGACAUUCAGUUUUAUCACUUUAAGUAUUAUUUAGGAUAAAUAUGGACACAAUUAAGUUAUUUUUUUAAGUUAAGUAGUUAAAUAAUAAGCAAGCAAAUUGCAAUGUGAUGUUAAGAAUAAGUAGCCAUUUUAUUGAAUCCUUUGAAAUAUAUUACAAAUCAGUUUCAAAAUAAUGUGUUUUUCUUUCUUACCUACUUCAUGUCGCCGUGCACCUUUUCCUGAUAGAAAUUUAAUAAUAGCAAAGAGAUUGGUACUUUGGUACCAUCAUUAUUAUUAUUACCAUCAUCAUUAUUAUGUACAUUACACCAUUUUCUUCUCAAUUAUAAAUCUGAAAAAUUAAAAUUAUGAAUUUAUCCAUGGUAUGAGCUACAUUGGUUCCAAG